AAGGGGGCGCCGGGCCGCUCUAGCCGGUGAGGCCGGCGGGUUCUCUAUGGCGGCAGCUGGGUGGCCGCGCGGAGUCGGAACCCGUCGCGGGCAAGGCGGGCCGCGCUUUUCUCCCAGGACCCAGGGACCCGCGAACCCACGUCCCAGGGCAACCAGCGUCCUUUUCACAGAAUGGACGAGGAGAACCUGGAGACUGCACUGCAGACCUACUAUGCACAGCUGCAGCAGGUGGAGCUGGCCCUGGGCGCUGGCCUGGACCCAUCCGAGCAGGCGGACCUACGCCAGCUGCAGGGGGACCUGAAAGAGCUGAUCGAGCUCACUGAGGCAAGCCUGGUGUCUAUCCGGAAGAGCAAGCUGCUGGCCGCCCUGGAUGGACAGCACCCGGCCCGGGACGAUGCCGACUACCUGCCUUUCCAGAAGGCCGUUGCUGAGGUGGUGGAGGGGUCAGCAGUCCCUGGGGGAGAACUGGAGACUGUUCCUAAAACGGAGGCAGGGCCAGAGCCCUCCACAGGUGGGCAGGAGGAGGAAGAGGCAGAAGAUAGCAACGACGACGACAAUGACAAUGAGGAAGGGUUGAGCGGGACGAAGGUGAACGCGCCCUACUACAGCUCGUGGGGCACCCUGGAGUACCACAGCGCCAUGGUCGUGGGGGCCGAGGAGGCGGCCGACGGCUCUGCUGGGGUGCGGGUGCUGUACCUCUAUCCCACGCACAAGUCCCUGAAGCCCUGCCCGUUUUUCCUGGAGGGGAAAUGCCGCUUCAAGGAGCACUGCAGGUUCUCCCAUGGGCAAGUGGUCUCUCUGGAUGAACUGCGCCCUUUCCAGGACCCAGACCUGAGCUCCUUAAAGGCUGGCUCUGCAUGUCUGGCCAAGCACCAGGAUGGCCUCUGGCACUCAGCCCGGAUUACCGAUGUGGACAGUGGCUACUACACAGUCAAGUUCGACUCACUGCUGCUGAAGGAGGCAGUGGUGGAGGGUGACAGCAUCCUGCCUCCGUUACGCACGGAGGCUGCAGAGUCCUCUGACUCAGAUGGCGGCGGCACAGAUGACUCCAGCUAUGCUCGAGUGGUGGAGUCAGGCAAUGCAGAUGCUGGGACCUGCAGCUCCGCCUUUGCCGGCUGGGAGGUACACACGCGGGGCAUCGGCUCCAGACUCCUCGCCAAGAUGGGUUAUGAGUUUGGCAAGGGUCUGGGCCGGCACGCGGAAGGCCGGGUGGAGCCCAUCCAUGCUGUAGUGCUGCCUCGAGGGAAGUCACUGGACCAGUGUGCAAAGGCUCUGCAGAAGCGGCCCAUAGGCAGCAAGGCUGGUGCCAGCAGGCCCCCCAAAUGCCGGGGGAGGAGGGGCCAGCCUGGGGACCGCCCUCCACCUCGGACCGUGUUUGACUUCCUGAACGAAAAGCUGCAGGGCCAGACUUCUGGGGCCCAGGAGGCUGGAGAGGCCCCCCCAGGGAGGAAGAGCAAGGACAUAUAUCAUGCCAGCAAGAGUGCCAAGCGGGCCCUGAGCCUGCAGCUUUUCCAGACUGAGGAGAAGAUUGAGCGGACCCAGCGGGACAUCCGGGGUAUCCAGGAGGCCCUCGCUCGCAAUGCUGGCCGGCACAGUGUAGCAGCAGCCCAGCUGGAGGAGAAGCUAGCCGGAGCCCAGCGGCAGCUGGGGCAGUUGCGGGCCCAGGAGGCAGGCCUACAGCGGGAGCAGAGGAAGGCAGACACACACAAGAAGAUGACUGAGUUCUAGAGACCC